AUGGGACGCCCCCCGCCCCGUGCAGCCCUGGCGUGGACCAUCCUGUUCUUGCUGUUGGGAACCUGGGCAGGAUGCUCCAAGGCCCAGGGCUCCAAGGUGCUGGAGGGUCAGGAGUGUGAGGCCCAUUCCCAGCCUUGGCAGACGGGCUUGUUCCAGGGUCAGCGACUGCUCUGCGGGGGCGUCCUUGUAGGUGCCAACUGGGUCCUCAGCGCAGCCCACUGUAAAAAAGAGAAAUACACUGUGCGCCUUGGAGAUCACAGCCUACGGAGUAAAAAUGAGGGGGAACAGGAAAUGUCUGUGGCUCAGACCAUCCAACACCCUUGCUUCAAUGGCAGCAAGAGAGAGGACCACAGCCAUGAUCUGAUGCUCAUCCGCCUCCGUGGCCGGGCCUCUUUGGGGCCCAAAGUGAAGCCCAUUGACCUGGCACAGCAGUGUGCCCAAGUUGGCGAGAAAUGUACCAUAUCCGGCUGGGGCACUGUCACCAGCCCCCGAGAGAACUUUCCAGACACACUCAACUGCGCAGAAGUAGAAAUCAUUUCCCAGAGGAAGUGUGAGGACGCCUACCCGGGGAAGAUCACAGAAGGCAUGGUCUGUGCAGGCAACAGCAAUGGGGCAGACACGUGCCAAGGCGAUUCCGGGGGCCCUCUGGUGUGCAAUGGCGUACUCCAGGGCAUCACAUCCUGGGGUUCAGACCCCUGUGGCCGACCAGAAAAACCUGGCGUCUAUACCAACAUCUGCCUCUACCGCGACUGGAUCAAGGAGACCAUGGGCAAAAAGGACUGA